AUGGCACCGACGGAGCCUCCCCUCCACGUCGUCCUGGUCUGCUUCCCCGGCCAGGGCCACAUCAACCCUUUCCUCCGCCUCGCCAACCUCCUCUCCUCCCACGGCCUCCGCGUCACUUUCGUCAUCAACCUCUCCACCGCCCGCCAAAUGAAAUCCCUCUCCCCAUCCUCACCCUCCGCCGGCGCCGCCGCCGUUCACUUCGACUUCUUCGAGGACGGCCAGGACGAGGAAUCCAUCAAGCGGGUCCCACUAGACCACCUCCUGACCCUCCUCGAACACGCCGGGAGAAAGGCCUUGCCGCAGAUGGUCCAAAACUACGCCGAAGCAGGAAACCCUGUCUCCUGCUUCGUCAGCAACCCCUUCAUCCCAUGGGUGUCCGACGUGGCGUCCUCGCUGGACAUCCCCUGCGCCGUCCUCUGGAUCCAAUCCUGUGCCUCCUUCACAACCUACUACCACUUCCACAACAAGCUCGCCCCCUUCCCGACCGCCCAAGACCCGGAGCGCGACGUCGUUUUGCCCGGGAUGCCGCUCCUGAAGCACGACGAGGUCCCCAGCUUCCUCCACCCGACGACGCCGUAUCCGUUCCUAGCCACCUCCAUCCUCCAACAAUUCGCCCACUUGGGAAACGUCUUCUGCGUGCUGAUGGAGACGUUUGAGGAGCUGGAGCCGGAGGUGAUCCGCCACGUGUCGACGUUCUGCAAGGUCAAGCCCGUGGGCCCACUGUGGCUCAGCGCCAGGGCUUCCGCGGGUCCCGGGGACCUCAUACAGGCUGACAACGACUGCGUUGGGUGGCUCGACGGGCAGCUGCCCGGCUCCGUCGUGUACAUCUCGAUGGGGAGCAUCGUGGCCAUGACGGCCGAGCAACGGGCCGAGAUGGCCCACGGGCUGUUGGGCUCGGGGAUGCCGUUCCUCUGGGUGGCUCGGCCCACUAUGGACGAAGGUGAUGACCCUGACUUGGGAUUGCCGGAGGGGUUGGAGGAGAGGGGGAAGGUGGUGAGGUGGGCCCCGCAGGAGGAGGUGCUGGGGCACGUGGCGGUGGCGUGCUUCGUGACGCACUGUGGGUGGAACUCGACGCUGGAGGCGAUCGGAGCCGGGAAGCCCGUAGUGGCGUUCCCGCAGUGGGGGGACCAGGUGACGGACGCGAAGUUUCUGGAGGAGGUAUUUAGAGUUGGGGUGAGGAUGGGGAGAGGGGACACGUGGACGAAGCUGGUGAGGAGAGAGGAGGUGGAGAGGUGUUUGAGAGAGGUUACGGUGGGUCCCCGGGCGGAGGAGAUGAAAGAGAAUGCGGCCCGGUGGAAGAGGGAGGCGGAGGCGGCGGUGAAGCCGGGAGGGUCGUCGGAAAGGAACGUGAGGGAGUUUGUGGAGGAGGUAAAGAAAAGGAGUGUGAGGAGGAAGACCAAAACGGCGACGUUGUAG